AUGUCGGACGCGUCCUCUGAAACGGAAUGGUCGGAGCGGCUCGAAACGAGUGUGUCCGACUUGAAUGCAUCGGCUGUGCGUGAUUCCCAAAUGUUUGUCCACGCCGAGGUGCGCGAGCGGUACUUGAAAGGAAUCGGCGAUCUAUUUGUGCCUGCGUCCUCGACCGAGGGGGCCAAAGAAACACAAUAG